AGCAUUCUGCUCCCCCGGAAGCACAUCUAUUCACGUGUAGCAUUUUUCAACCUUGAAAAACAACGUAAUAGAGUUGCUAGCAUUUUAUCUGUCUGAUUAUAUUGCUACAGUGAUGUCAGUAACAAAAAUGGUCUACCCUCUGUACCAGUUGGGAAACCCCCAGCUGAGGAUCUUCAGACCCAGCUGGUUUCUGACUCUGGUGAGGCCUGGAAAGGAGCAACCUCCUGACACUGUCCAGUUUCGUAUCCCAAUGGACAUGACCAAGUACGACGUGAAGAACUACUUGGAGAAGAUCUAUAACGUCCCAGUUGGAGUAGUUCGCACCAGGAUACAAUUUGGGUCCAACAAGAAGAGGAAUCACCUCAACCAGAGGGUCAAGAAGCCAGAUUAUAAAGUGGCCUACGUUCAGCUGGCACAAAGCCAGACAUUCACCUUCCCCGACAUCUUCCCAGAAAAGGACCGGACGCUGAAGGAGGGCUCCAUGGAAGAAAUGCAGGAGAAGUUCAUGGAGGACGAGAAGCAGAGACAGAAAUCCGACCCCAGGAGAGGAGGGGUCACUGAGUGGUUUGGACUCUGAACCAGGGGGCCCUUGGAGCAACGUGUAUUGAUUUGAAAUGCAACCUCUGUGAUGUCACUUUUAUUUCACUGCUGAAACACGAGCGUGUAGCGAAAAGGAGCAAGUGUGUGUGUGUGUGGGGUGGAGGGGCUAGGGGGGUGGGGUGGGAGGAUAUGGCAGACAUGUGUUCAGUGUGUUUUUGAGGCUGGAGUCCAAGAACCAAAAGACAAGAGGAAUUGGAGGAGGAGAGCAGCAAGGCUUCGUCUUUAAUGAAACAAGCCCACCACACACAUUGUCCAUCACCUCAGAUAACCUCUUCUUCUGUCUCGUCCUGAUGUUCUUCCCAUACACAUGCCGCAUUUGUUUCUUUUUGUUUUUUGUUUUGUGAAAGUAUCCUUCUCGUCUGUCAUCCCUGUUGUGUCUCUUGUCUUUAUCUUUCUGCGAGAUACUUGAUCCUCAGCCUCAGCAGAAAGCAGCAUAGAUAUAGAUAGAUAUAUCUAUAGAUAGAUAUAGAUAUAUAUCUCUCUAUAUAUUCCCAGCUGGUUGGAUCCAACUGCCUGAACAGUCGCAUCAUUUCCUCUUCCGGGAGUUUGUCUUGGAUUAAUUACCUGGAUUUGGUAAACAAAAGAUGGGAUGUUGUUUCAGAAAGCAGAUAUGUGCAGUUUGCAGUGGCAUCAUUAUAUUUUGUGGUAACAACUAUUGCCAUGACCAUAAAUAAAGCCUUUACCCGAUGUUUGUGUGUUUAAAUGUUAAAGUUGUUUUCAUAGGAACUAUUAAAUGGUCACCAUUCCAAAAGC